CCAAAUAAUUAUAUUAAUAUAUUAACAGAUAUUAAUAUAUUAAUAUAUUAACAACAUUAAUAUGUAACAGAGCAGCAUAAUUGUGAUACAGCGACACUUUUGUUACGUAAGAUAUAUAUUAAAGGUUCUAAAACGUAUGUUCUUCGAACGUUCCCACUUUGUUUGAAUAUAACAAAACCAAGUGAACGUAAAGCGAACGUUCCUCGAACGUUUACGUGCUGCUUGGGAAGUUACUAAUAUACAAAAUUGCUUAUAUCUCAGAAACGAUUGAGUUUUCGACCUAUGUUUACUAAGGCUACUGCACUCAGCAUGGGGUGUACUAUCUACCGUACGAACGCUAAAUGCCUUUAUUUUAACAAUAACAAUACGCGACUAACUAUACAUUUCUCAUGUUUCUGUGCUAUGUAACCUGUGCUAAAGACAUCAGCGAUUACAACCAAUCUAACAUGGCCCAUUGUGGGGACAGCAACGUCACGAUUCGGCAAACGCCAAUACAAGCGUUCUAUGCGGGCCAGUCGAUCUUCAUUACAGGAGGAACGGGUUUCCUUGGGAAGAUUUUGAUCGAAAAAUUGCUGCGAAGUUGUCCCGACGUCUCUAAGAUAUACGUAAUGGUGCGGUCGAAAAAAGAUAAGAGCGCCGCGACUCGGCUGGACGAGAUAUUUGAAAGUCCCGUAAGCAUAUCAAUAAUAUUCCAUUUGGCGGCGAAUAUACGCUUCAAUAACGACAUCAAAUCAGCUACAGUACUAAAUGUAGUCAGCACGCGUGCUGUGUUGAACUUGGCCAAAUGUAUGCCAAACUUGAAGUCAUUUAUUCACGUAUCGACUAUAUAUACAAAUUGUCUUGUCAAACAUGGCGAAGAGAGAUUCUACAAGUAUCUCAUUAAACCCGAGGAAUUUAUCACAUUGGUACAAACAUCGUCCGAAAGUAUGAUUAAUGAGACGCUCUCAAGAAAUAUUUCACAGUGGCCCAACUCUUACACGUUUACAAAAGCGAUAGCGGAAAUAGUUGUUAAAAAUAAUGGUGAGAGUUUACCGAUCGGAAUAUUUCGGUUACCUGCAGGAACCGCUCGUGGGAUGGGUGGACAACUAUCACUCUUCGAUAGGAAUUUAGCACCUGUUUCCAAAGGUCUACUAAGAUUUAUCAUGUGCAAUUCCGACUGUAAGUCAAGUGUAACACCUGUCGACAUUACCAUAAAUGCUUUAAUUGCCAGGGCGUGGGAUGUAUUCAAUCAGCCACAGAGGAGAGGCGACAAUAUGUUAAUUUAUAAUUAUGUAUCGACAAACGACGCGCCUUUGACGUAUGGAGAUUUUUUCUUUUACGCGCAAUUAAGCUACCAAAAAUACCCGAUAAAAAGUUGCUAUUGGGUACCGACUCUCACUGAUCCAAAACAAAGUUAUAUUUACAAUAUGCAUUUGGUUCGGCCACCUAUUACCUGCUUUAAUUAUCGAUUUCUUUGGAAGAUGCAUAGGUAUUCGACAAAGGUAUACGAAACUCUAUCCGUGUCUAUGAAAAAGUACUCGUGUAAACGUUACUUCACUUGUUUCAGAAUGUGGAAAUUGUACAAACGAAUUCAUGAUUAUUGCAACAGCGUCGAAUACUUCUUGGUCAGAGAAUGGACUUAUACCGACAAUAACGUUCAUGCAAUGUGGCAAAGCAUGAGCGAAAAUGAUCAACUUCUAUUUAAUUUUAAUUUGAAAGGUUUCAACUGGCUGAAACAUGUGGACAAUAUUAUCAAAGGUAUGCGCCUUUACCUAUUCAAGGAGGAUCUCAGUACUUUGGAAGCCAGUCGUAUCAAAUGGAAGAGAUUAUAUUGGAUACACCACGCGACAAAGUUCGUAUUUAUAUUCAUCGUUGUUUAGUGUACCUGUAACCUAUUAGCAAAU